GGUCAAAUUCUUCUCUUUUUUUUCCACUUCUUCGUUUUUUCUCUCCAAUCGCGAAGCUUUUUUACUGCUACUUAGCUUGGAGAGGGAGUAGCGAUCGAUAACUCACAUAUAAACACCUAAAUAAGAACUAGUGAAAGAGGGAAAGAAAAGGAGAGAGCUCUUAGAAGUAGCGAGCUCUUUCCCUGGAUUCUAGAUUUUAGAUUCCAUCCACAGGGGGCUUUAGUGGCGGGGCGAGCGAGUCACUUGGAUAGAUCUGCGCGGCUGCCCACAUUUCUUUUUUGCUCUUCCUCUUCUUCGUCUUCUCGCUUUUGAUUUUCUUCUGGGAAGAAUCUCGCCUUUGUCCUCGUCGCAAGCAAUCUAGCGCACUCGCAGCAGUAUCGCGGCUCGCAAAAGGGACCCAUUCGAUUGCUGGAGCAAGGAUUCGCAUCGAUUCCCAGUUCUAAGCUAUUUAUCCUUUGUGGGUGGGAGGCAUCCAGGAUCUUCGGGCUUGCAAGCCAAGGCUCUAGAGUUUCCCUUCAAAAGGACCGACAUUGGGAGCUCCCGAGAGAGGAUUGGAUUGGAGUCUCGAUGAUGGCGAUGGUGGUGCUUCUACAAAUCAUCUCCUUGCUUCUGGGGGCGGUCCGGCUGGCGGUAUCCGACGGUACCUUCACCAUCCAGAACAACUGUGCCGUCACGAUAUGGCUCGGCGUCGUCUCCAACGCGGGCAUCCAACCGCUCACCUUGGACAACACCAUGCUCUCCACCGGCCAGACCAUGACCGUCACCACGCCUUCCAAUUGGGGGGGGCGGUUCUGGGGCCGCACGGGAUGCAGCCGCGGCACCGACGGCACCUUCACCUGCGCCAUGGGCGACUGUGACGGGCGGGAGCAGUGCACCGUCGGCGGCAAGCCGCCCGCGACGCUCGUAGAGUUUACGCUCAGCGGCUAUGCCAACAAGGAUUUCUACGACGUGUCGCUGGUGGAUGGCUACAAUCUGCCCAUGGCGGUAUCGCCAGACGGCGGCGGCCAGGGGCGCAACGCGACCGAUACCAAGAGCUGCGGUGCCGCCGGCUGCACGGGGGAUCUCAACCGGAACUGCCCGGCGGCACUCCAGGUGACGGGCACCGGUAACGUGGUGGGAUGCCGCAGCGCCUGCGACGCUUUCAAGGAGCCGCAGUACUGCUGCACUGGAGAGAACGCGCUGCCAACGACGUGCAAGCCCACCGAUUACUCGAAAGCUUUCAAGCAGUCGUGCCCGAAUGCUUAUAGCUACGCUUACGAUGAUCUCAGCUCCACUUUUACGUGCAUGGGAGGGCGCUACACUAUCGUGUUUUGUCCCACCGCGACCGACCUAUCCGAUGAUAACAAUGGAGUCCAAUUUCCCGAAGCUCAAGCAGUUCCAGCUCCAGCAGUACCAUCCACCGAUGGUGGCGACAACUUCCCAGUCGGAGGAUCAUCGCCCACGGUAGGAACCAACUUUCGGAUAAUCGCUCCAUCCAGCGCGCCGUCACGGAUCCAGUCUUUGUGGUGGCCACUGGGCCUCACGCUAGGCGUAGUUCUAUUCAAAAGCAUUUCUUAGGAUCAUCAAAGAAAACACUGAUCGAUCGAUUGAUUGUUUCAUCGGUCCAUAGAGAGAGUUCCAAACAGGGGUUCCAAAACACAAUAAAAAACUAAAGAACAAUAAAGAAAAGAGAUCUCAAACAGUU